UAAAGGCACUCCACGAGACCGCAGAAGAGUCAGUGUUUGUUGUUGAACUUGCAGAACUUUCCGGGUUGGAGAGCCAUCAUGAUGUUUCCAUGCGGCGCUCUGCCGCCUCCUCUCUAUUCGGGCUUGCUGCGUCCCCCUGCGGCUCUCUGCUCGCCCCUGACCCGGUCACUCCCCUCAGGCUUCUUGGUUGAAGAUCUCCUCCGAUUAAGCCAGCCUGUCAGCUAUGUACAGCGGACUUUCUCUUCCAGCAGUCCUCGGUCCAUUCUCCCGCUCAGCCCGGGGCCGGGCGCUAUUCCCCAGGCGAUGGGUCCCUGCACAGAGCGUUCAGUGCCUCAGAGCUCCGGCCACCCGAGCCGCAGCAGCCCCGGCUCUCCGCAGGCUGCCUCCGCCGACUCCGGCUACCUCAAGUUCGGCGUCAGAGCGAUACUGGCGCCGUCCACACGGAGCGUCCACAGUUUACAGACUAAGAACUUCCCUUUGCCUUUGUGUGACGGGAGCCUCCAUCCUUUCAUCAGAGCUUCUUAUUUCACAGCUUCCUCCUCUGUGGUCCCUGUCCCCGGAACGUUUUCAUGGCCCUUGGCCCCCAGAGGGAAGCCCAGGAGGGGCAUGCUGCGGCGGGCUGUGUUUUCAGACCUUCAGAGGAAGGCCCUGGAGAGAACUUUCCAGAAGCAGAAAUACAUCAGCAAACCAGACAGGAAGAAACUUGCCAGUAAACUGGGACUUAAAGACUCCCAGGUGAAGAUCUGGUUUCAGAACCGCAGGAUGAAAUGGAGGAACUCCAAGGAGAGAGAGCUGCUGUCAACAGGCGGCUGCCGCCAGCAGACACUCCCCACCAAAACCAACCCCCACCCAGACCUCACAGAUGUAGGCAGCACUUACUGCCACCGUCUGGACAGGACUGCAACCACUGGCCAAGCACAGCUGGACAGCCAGAGAUUGCAUCUUCACCACCACCACCACCAUCACAGUCCUUCCUCCCCGUCAGAACAACAGUCAGAGCUCUCAGAGUCAGACAGUGAGGAAAUCACAGUUUUGUAAGAGCUUGAUGGAAGCUUAAGUAAUCAGAUUAUACUGUUGAUUGAAAUAAGUCAGCUGUAGAGGAUGAUGGGACAAAAUAAGGAGUUUUUAAAGAAACCAGUGAAUGGAAGUACGGUAAAUAGCAGAGGAAUCUGCACAAUACAUAGCUCUGUUUUCUCAGCCUUUCCCCCUCAGUCCAUGUUUGUGUACAGUGUUGUCUAUAUUGCUUUAAUAUGUAGUUCAGAAUAUGUAUAUGCAGCAGACUAAGCUCUUUUAGAUCUUUGUAGAUUGCAACUUUUAUAUAUAAAAAUGUACUUUGUAAUUGUUCUAUUUUCUCAAAUAAAUCUUAUAAAGUAUUCUUUUGCUUUUUGUUAAUGUUCAGUAUCCUGAUGAUGUGAAAUGAGCAUGGGCUGUUCCUUUGAGAUAAAUGAAACUGUCUCUCAUACAACUGCUGUGUGUGUAGACAACAUCCAAACCCAGCUGCUGUGUCCUCAGAGUUUAGACUGCACCCAAACCCAGCUGCUGUGUCCUCAGAGUUUAGACUACACCCAAACCCAGCUCCUGUGUCCUCAGAGUUUAGACUGCACCCAAACCCAGCUGCUGUGUCCUCAGAGUUUAGACUGCACCCAAACCCAGCUGCUGUGUCCUCAGAGUUUAGACUGCACCCAAACCCAGCUGCUGUGUCCUCAGAGUUUAGACUGCACCCAAACCCAGCUGCUGUGUCCUCAGAGUUUAGACUGCACCCAAACCCAGCUGCUGUGUCCUCAGAGUUUAGACUGCACCCAAACCCAGCUGCUGUGUCCUCAGAGUUUAGACUGCACCCAAACCCAGCUGCUGUGUCCUCAGAGUUUAGACUGUACCCAAACCCAGCAGCUGCAUCUUGUGGACGUCUCCUGAAUGCCAGCAGAGGCUGCUGUAUCUGAGGUUUAUUGUCGACCGUCUGCAUAUUCAGGUUUUAAGUGAAACUCUCACCAAAAAGCAACCUAGGCUCUAUUUGUGAAUGUAUAUGAGUCAAACUUUCGUGUAAAUGCAUAACUGCGAUGAGAGAGGCGCUUUUAUUAUUUUUUGGUGAGAGUUUCACUUUAACAGAUGCAGAUUUGUUUCUGCAGCUCCAAAAAAAAUCUUGUACAGUCAGAGACACAUUAUCA